UUAUCUCCUGAUCAUCAUUUGUUUCUGAAUAGGUCAGGAUAUUUAUUGUUCUUGGAUGAUAUUUUCAACUAUUUGAGCGAAAAUGGAAAUGUUUCUGAAAAAUGCUUGAGCGAUACUUCUCAGCUGUUGUCACUUAUCCGAAAUGGCGAUACCAAUGCAUUAAAAUGGUACGAUUCAAAUGGAACCCCAAUCCCUGGCAUGCUAGAAGGAGGCGUAUUCUUUAUUGGAUACUAUUCACAAUGUGUACAUUCUUUAAUACAGAGAAAAGAUGAAUCUUCUUUACGAGGGCAGUAUUGCUUAGUGAAUUUAGACUUUUCAAACUCUUCAAACAAUGAGUUUAUACCUGAAGCAUCAUGGCUUAUUCUUACACAAAGUAAAAAGCCUCCAACUAUUGCCGUUUGUAUGCCCUCUACAUGCACUGAGGAGGAGUUGGGUAAUGCUGUUGCACAAAGUUUAUCCAUCCAUUUUGAAACUGUAAAAGGCAAAGUCUCAUUAUGUCAUGGAGAUGUUACUGGUCUUUCAUCUGAUGUUGGAGCAGUGUCAUUUUUAGUAAUAUUCUCCAUAUUUUGUACAAUUGCAUUUGUGGCUACUGCAUAUGACUUCUUUGUUGAGCGAAAGAUUUCUGUUGAUAAUGCUGCUAAAACUGUAUCAACUGAAUUGCUAUGUGAAAAAAGCAAUAAAGAGCCUGGAAUAUUUCUGCGAUGUCUUUUAGCAUUUUCCUUCAAAACAAAUGCUCGAAAAAUCUUCAGCGUUGGAGGAGGAGGAGAAAAUAUACGUUCUCUUCAUGGCUUAAAAUUUUUAAGCAUGGUUCUGAUCAUCUUAGGGCACACUUACUCUUUUGCAACGCAAAAUGUAUACUUCCAAAACCCUGGUGUAGCUUUUCAGGCUCCUAAAGGUUUUGUUGCUCAGGUCUUUGCAAAUGGAACUUUAGCUGUUGACACAUUUUAUCUUAUUAGUGGUGUUCUUGUUGCAUAUGUAGUGUUAAAAGGUUUGGAGAAAACAAGUGGAAAAUUGCCUCUUUUAUGGUUCUACUUUCACAGAUAUUUCAGGUUGACACCUCUAAUGAUGAUGGUUAUAUUCUUCUGUGCUUGUCUUUUGAGAUACAUUGGUUCUGGACCCAAUUGGCUUGCUACAAUUCAGAUGUAUGAUGCUUGGUGUAAAGAUAAUUUUUGGACAAAUGCUUUGUAUUUGCAUAAUUUCAUCAAUUCUGAUACCAUGUGUUUGAGUCACACAUGGUAUUUGGCUACAGAUAUGCAAUUUUACCUUGUUGUUCCUCUGAUAUUGAUACCAUUGUUCAAAAAUUUAAAGUAUGGCCUGGUUUCAAUGCUUGUGUUUCUGAUGGCAACUACCAUAGCCACAGCUGUAAUUACUGCGAUAAAUCAUCUUCCUGCAAUACCUUAUACAAAUGAUGUGUUGCCAUUAGAACUUGUUAACAAGUACUAUAGAGAAGUUUAUAUUAAACCUUACUGCAGAAUGGGUCCAUACAUUAUUGGAAUUGCUGUUGGCUAUUUUCUAUUGCAUAAGAAGGAGCUUGUCCUGAAAAAGAAAAUUGUAGCAUUGCUGUGGUUUUUAAAUGUCUUGUUUGGUUUGGUUAUCAUAUAUCUAAUGUGGCCAGCUAACCAAGGGAAACUUCCUUCAAAUUCAGAAGCAGCAGCUUACAGUGCACUUGCCCGAACCGCAUGGGCUGUGACCUUAGGGUGGCUAACAAUUGCAUGUGUCUACGGGUAUGGUGGCAUCAUCAAUUCUGUAUUGGCUUGCUCAAUUUUUGUACCUUUAAGCAGGCUAACUUACUGUGCUUAUCUCAUACAUCCAGUUAUAAUGAAUGCAUAUUAUGGAUCCAUGGAAGCUGUAGUUCAUUUUUCACAGUACUUUAUUUUAUAUACCUUCCUAGGAAAUUUGUGCCUCACUUAUGCAAUCUCCAUCUUUUUAUCAUUGCUGUUUGAAUCUCCAUUUGUUGCACUGGAAAGAGCACUCUUACCGAAGAAGUCUUGAAUAUAUGCAUCAUUUGAACUCAUUUUCAUAACUCAAUAAAUU